AUGGAAUUCAACUUCUACACGACGACACAAGCUCAGCACAAUAGGCUGUGGGGCGGUAGUACUGGACCAAGUGACACAUCAGAGGCACGCUCGCUUACCAACGUGACACCGGACCCUGCCCACUAUACCACAUACCACUGGUAUCGCGCUCCAGAGGCACGCUCGCUUACCAACGUGACACCGGACCCUGCCCACUAUACCACAUACCACUGGUAUCGCGCUCCAGAGGCACGCUCGCUUACCAACGUGACACCGGACCCUGCCCACUAUACCACAUACCACUGGUAUCGCGCUCCAGAGGCACGCUCGCUUACCAACGUGACACCGGACCCUGCCCACUAUACCACAUACCACUGGUAUCGCGCUCCAGAGGCACGCUCGCUUACCAACGUGACACCGGACCCUGCCCACUAUACCACAUACCACUGGUAUCGCGCUCCAGAGGCACGCUCGCUUACCAACGUGACACCGGACCCUGCCCACUAUACCACAUACCACUGGUAUCGCGCUCCAGAGGCACGCUCGCUUACCAACGUGACACCGGACCCUGCCCACUAUACCACAUACCACUGGUAUCGCGCUCCAGAGGCACGCUCGCUUACCAACGUGACACCGGACCCUGCCCACUAUACCACAUACCACUGGUAUCGCGCUCCAGAGGCACGCUCGCUUACCAACGUGACACCGGACCCUGCCCACUAUACCACAUACCACUGGUAUCGCGCUCCAGAGGCACGCUCGCUUACCAACGUGACACCGGACCCUGCCCACUAUACCACAUACCACUGGUAUCGCGCUCCAGAGGCACGCUCGCUUACCAACGUGACACCGGACCCUGCCCACUAUACCACAUACCACUGGUAUCGCGCUCCAGAGGCACGCUCGCUUACCAACGUGACACCGGACCCUGCCCACUAUACCACAUACCACUGGUAUCGCGCUCCAGAGGCACGCUCGCUUACCAACGUGACACCGGACCCUGCCCACUAUACCACAUACCACUGGUAUCGCGCUCCAGAGGCACGCUCGCUUACCAACGUGACACCGGACCCUGCCCACUAUACCACAUACCACUGGUAUCGCGCUCCAGAGGCACGCUCGCUUACCAACGUGACACCGGACCCUGCCCACUAUACCACAUACCACUGGUAUCGCGCUCCAGAGGCACGCUCGCUUACCAACGUGACACCGGACCCUGCCCACUAUACCACAUACCACUGGUAUCGCGCUCCAGAGGCACGCUCGCUUACCAACGUGACACCGGACCCUGCCCACUAUACCACAUACCACUGGUAUCGCGCUCCAGAGGCACGCUCGCUUACCAACGUGACACCGGACCCUGCCCACUAUACCACAUACCACUGGUAUCGCGCUCCAGAGGCACGCUCGCUUACCAACGUGACACCGGACCCUGCCCACUAUACCACAUACCACUGGUAUCGCGCUCCAGAGGCACGCUCGCUUACCAACGUGACACCGGACCCUGCCCACUAUACCACAUACCACUGGUAUCGCGCUCCAGAGGCACGUUCGCUUACCAACGUGACACCGGACCCUGCCCACUAUACCACAUACCACUGGUAUCGCGCUCCAGAGGCACGCUCGCUUACCAACGUGACACCGGACCCUGCCCAAUAUACCACAUACCACUGGUAUCGCGCUCCAGAGGCACGCUCGCUUACCAACGUGACACCGGACCCUGCCCACUAUACCACAUACCACUGGUAUCGCGCUCCAGAGGCACGCUCGCUUACCAACGUGACACCGGACCCUGCCCACUAUACCACAUACCACUGGUAUCGCGCUCCAGAGGCACGCUCGCUUACCAACGUGACACCGGACCCUGCCCACUAUACCACAUACCACUGGUAUCGCGCUCCAGAGGCACGCUCGCUUACCAACGUGACACCGGACCCUGCCCACUAUACCACAUACCACUGGUAUCGCGCUCCAGAGGCACGCUCGCUUACCAACGUGACACCGGACCCUGCCCACUAUACCACAUACCACUGGUAUCGCGCUCCAGAGGCACGCUCGCUUACCAACGUGACACCGGACCCUGCCCACUAUACCACAUACCACUGGUAUCGCGCUCCAGAGGCACGCUCGCUUACCAACGUGACACCGGACCCUGCCCACUAUACCACAUACCACUGGUAUCGCGCUCCAGAGGCACGCUCGCUUACCAACGUGACACCGGACCCUGCCCACUAUACCACAUACCACUGGUAUCGCGCUCCAGAGGCACGCUCGCUUACCAACGUGACACCGGACCCUGCCCACUAUACCACAUACCACUGGUAUCGCGCUCCAGAGGCACGCUCGCUUACCAACGUGACACCGGACCCUGCCCACUAUACCACAUACCACUGGUAUCGCGCUCCAGAGGCACGCUCGCUUACCAACGUGACACCGGACCCUGCCCACUAUACCACAUACCACUGGUAUCGCGCUCCAGAGGCACGCUCGCUUACCAACGUGACACCGGACCCUGCCCACUAUACCACAUACCACUGGUAUCGCGCUCCAGAGGCACGCUCGCUUACCAACGUGACACCGGACCCUGCCCACUAUACCACAUACCACUGGUAUCGCGCUCCAGAGGCACGCUCGCUUACCAACGUGACACCGGACCCUGCCCACUAUACCACAUACCACUGGUAUCGCGCUCCAGAGGCACGCUCGCUUACCAACGUGACACCGGACCCUGCCCACUAUACCACAUACCACUGGUAUCGCGCUCCAGAGGCACGCUCGCUUACCAACGUGACACCGGACCCUGCCCACUAUACCACAUACCACUGGUAUCGCGCUCCAGAGGCACGCUCGCUUACCAACGUGACACCGGACCCUGCCCACUAUACCACAUACCACUGGUAUCGCGCUCCAGAGGCACGCUCGCUUACCAACGUGACACCGGACCCUGCCCACUAUACCACAUACCACUGGUAUCGCGCUCCAGAGGCACGCUCGCUUACCAACGUGACACCGGACCCUGCCCACUAUACCACAUACCACUGGUAUCGCGCUCCAGAGGCACGCUCGCUUACCAACGUGACACCGGACCCUGCCCACUAUACCACAUACCACUGGUAUCGCGCUCCAGAGGCACGCUCGCUUACCAACGUGACACCGGACCCUGCCCACUAUACCACAUACCACUGGUAUCGCGCUCCAGAGGCACGCUCGCUUACCAACGUGACACCGGACCCUGCCCACUAUACCACAUACCACUGGUAUCGCGCUCCAGAGGCACGCUCGCUUACCAACGUGACACCGGACCCUGCCCACUAUGCCACAUACCACUGGUAUCGCGCUCCAGAGGCACGCUCGCUUACCAACGUGACACCGGACCCUGCCCACUAUGCCACAUACCACUGGUAUCGCGCUCCAGAGGCACGCUCGCUUACCAACGUGACACCGGACCCUGCCCACUAUGCCACAUACCACUGGUAUCGCGCUCCAGAGGCACGCUCGCUUACCAAUGUGACACCGGACCCUGCCCACUAUGCCACAUACCACUGGUAUCGCGCUCCAGAGGCACGCUCGCUUACCAACGUGACACCGGACCCUGCCCACUAUACCACAUACCACUGGUAUCGCGCUCCAGAGGCACGCUCGCUUACCAACGUGACACCGGACCCUGCCCACUAUACCACAUACCACUGGUAUCGCGCUCCAGAGGCACGCUCGCUUACCAACGUGACACCGGACCCUGCCCACUAUACCACAUACCACUGGUAUCGCGCUCCAGAGGCACGCUCGCUUACCAACGUGACACCGGACCCUGCCCACUAUACCACAUACCACUGGUAUCGCGCUCCAGAGGCACGCUCGCUUACCAACGUGACACCGGACCCUGCCCACUAUACCACAUACCACUGGUAUCGCGCUCCAGAGGCACGCUCGCUUACCAACGUGACACCGGACCCUGCCCACUAUACCACAUACCACUGGUAUCGCGCUCCAGAGGCACGCUCGCUUACCAACGUGACACCGGACCCUGCCCACUAUACCACAUACCACUGGUAUCGCGCUCCAGAGGCACGCUCGCUUACCAACGUGACACCGGACCCUGCCCACUAUACCACAUACCACUGGUAUCGCGCUCCAGAGGCACGCUCGCUUACCAACGUGACACCGGACCCUGCCCACUAUACCACAUACCACUGGUAUCGCGCUACAGCGACUGCGUGA